GUUGUUUGUUGGUCGACGUUUAUUUAUUUAUUUUUAUUCACAAUGCCAAGCAUCCGAACAAAGAAUGGACGACUGGAUGAUGACACAGCUGAACUUAACUACCUUCAAAGUCAAUUCAAACGAAUGGAUUCCCUCUCAGGGCAGCUGGUUGGCAUUCUCGACGGAUUUGAUGGUCGGCUGAUGAAGCUUGAAGCUUCUAUUCUUCCCAUUCACAAGGCAACUCAAAGCCUCACUAGACUUGCUAAAAACGUCGAUUCUGCUCUUAAAACGACCGAGAAUAUUGUCGAUUGCCUUAAUUUACCUAGUAAAGAAGAAGCUUAUAUCCUCAAAGGGCCUGACGAGACCAAUGUAUUACCCUAUCUUAAGGCAAUGGGUAGACUUAAAGAUGCUGCCGAUACUGUAGAGAAGAAUCAAUUGAGAUCCUGUGAUAAAGCCAUCUAUCAGAUGAAACAAUUGCUUAAGGCGGGUAUGCUGCAUCUCGAGACGUUGUUCCGAAAAUGGCUGUCGUCUGUCAGCAGUCCAGUCGACAUGAAUACCAUUCUCAAUUCAAACAACGAUUUGAUGUCGAGUCAGGCAAUGAAACAAUUAUCUCAGUUAUCGACCUAUAUCGCCACCUCUGAAGCAGAAAUUGGCUACACAGUAGAUUUCACCAAACCUUAUAUUGAGAUCAGAUCGUCUUACCUCUUAAAGUCUCUACAUCCCCUCUCCCAAUCUGUUCAACUCUCGGAAAAACAUCAGGGAAUUUCUUAUGAAAAGGGUUCAACUGAAUUCCUCAGGUAUCUCGAAUGUUUUGCAAAGAUGGUCAAGAACGAACUAGAGUUUGCAGGACGAAUACUCGGUAAUCCCUCGAGACGAAUGGCUGCCCUGAAAGGCAGCAUUAGUCCUGCAGAGAAUGAAUUAGUAUUGACUGGUCGUCAGCUCAACAUGGUGGCCAAACGACUUAAUUACACAGACUCUGUGUUUAUCUUUGAUAUAAUUGAAAAAUAUGAUAAAGAUUGUGCCCCAUUAUUUGCAGAAAUGACACAAGACAUUGACCUUGGCGAAAUCGCAGACAUGGUGUCAGCAUUCAAGUUUACAGCCCUUAAGAAUUUUUAUGAUUUCAUGGAAGACGUAAAGGGCAAGCGGGAAAACAACGCAUAUCUUAACCUAAGUAGCGAUGGAACCGUACAUGAGAUGACCAGUAAUACUCUUAAUUACCUUAAGCGACUUUAUCUUUGGAGGGAUACGGUGGAACCUUUACUUAUUGUCAUGGGAGAUGGUGGUUGGAAUAGCCCUCACAAUUACCAAUCUUUGUCUGAUCAGCGGAGUCAUUGUGACUCUGCUAUGGGAACGGCCCUUCUUCAAAAGUUCUUUGUCGAUGCAUUAGAUCAAAUGACAAUAUCUCUUCAAACGAAAUCAAGAGGCUAUAAGAAACCAACCUUGGCCAACAUUUUCUUGUUAAACAACUACAAUCAUAUCUUACGACAGAUCAGAUCUCCCCCCCUCAAUGCAGUAUUUGAUGAUGGGUCCGAAGCCAAGUUUAGCAGACUCGUAAAGAAACAGCUAGACGCUUACCAAGAGUCCUGGAAACCAUGUGUAGAGAAUCUAAUGGAUGUAACAUAUGUCCGUGGUGGUACGAUCAAGAGCUCGAUGAGCAAUGGAGAGAGACAGUUGAUAAAAGAUAAAUUUAAGAGCUUCAACACGGAAUUCGAUGAUAUCUGGCGUGUUCAAACAACAUACGCUGUACCUGACACCGAACUUCGUAACCAAGUCAUUAGAGAUGUUAAAAAUGUACUGGUUCCUAUGUACUGCCGCUUCUUAGACAAGUACCAAAGUACUGAAUUUACUAAAAAUCCCUCAAAGUAUAUUAAAUACGACAAGGAUAAAUUGGAAAAGAUGAUUGGCCAUCUCUUUGAGCCGACAGCUUAACAGUAGUAUUUCUUUCGACGUUCAAAACACUUUUUUUGCAUUAAUUAAAAUAAGCAAAAUAUUGGCUC